UGUUUAUAAAUUCCUUUAAUGCAGUACGUUUGUCCUCGUGAAUCUGUUGUACCAGGUGGUUGGCGAAACGCGUACGAAGCUGGUUCAUACAAAAUUUCAAGCCGUUUGGAGAAACCCUUAAAAAUUACCCCUAAAACAACCUUGAAAACUGGAGGUUAAAAAUGCUCCAAUCAAGUCAAAACUAGAUAUUUCUUAAUUUUUCAAUACGAAAAUUACCUACUGAUACAAAAUUUCAACCCGUUCGGAGAAAUUGUUAAAAACUACCCCCACAACAAGCUUGCAGACUGGAGCUUAAAAAUAAUCUAAUCAAGUCAAUAUUUGACAUUCGCUAAUUUCUCAAUACGGGAAUUAUCGUUACAAAAUCUCAGCCUAUUUGAAGAAACUCUCAAAAAUCACCCCCAAAACAACCUUGCAGACUGGGGGUUAAAAAUGCUCCAAUCAAGUCAAAACUCGACAUUAUUAAUAUGUAUUGCAAUUGAGUCCGUCGGCCGACUCUCUACUUUUAAAUUUUCUCGACCUUUCAUGAUCCCUAGAAGACGAAGAAAUAGGUCUCCUGUUUCCGUCCGUCUGUCCGUCUGUCUGCGGUCCCCGAUUUUUAUUAGACAGAUAAUCUCCAAAAGUACUGGACCGAUUGUUGUGAAAUUUUGUAUUUACGUUAAGAAUAUCAUGUAGAUGGUAAAACGCCAACCAAAAUUUGCCUAAUCAUCCCCACCAAUAAUGUGACGACGAAGCUGUGAUGAUGGCUUACUUUCAAGACCUGUCUGAAAAAUACAGCCCUAAUUCCUUGUGGGCAAAGUAUUCGUACUUGAAAGCGACUUUCCUGAUAAAUGAAAAUAUUGACAUUUCGAUUUUCAAACAAUUGAUUGCAUUCCUUAAGCAAAAGUCGAAGGGAUAUUCUCCCAAAAAAUCACAAGUCUUGACAGUGGAACAAGUGAUUCUAGUAAUGGGCGUAUUUGGUGCGUUAAGAAAAAUUGAGAUGGUGCAGCUCACUAUCGAAAAUGUUAUUGAUAAAGGAAGUGUUAUAUUAGUGCAAAUUCCAAAAACUAAAACCGAUGAAUGCAAGUCGUUUACUAUAAUAGAAGAGGAAGAAUUGGGUGCUUUGCAAUUGGUUCGGAAGUACGCAAGUUUAAGACCACCCGGUUUAGCAGAGAAAAAGCACAACCCGUUGGGAAAAAUUCGAUAGGAAGUGUUCCAUCUGUUAUUGCUCGCUACUUAAAAUUGGAAAAUCCGAAACAAUAUACGGGACACUGUCUUCGACGCACAUCGUCGACUUCUUUAGUCGAAGCAGGAGGCAUUUUUGAAACUUUGAAAAGGCACAGAAAAUGGAAGAGCACGACCGUGGCGGAGGGCUAUAUAGCGGAUAGCAUGGCAACGAAAAAUAAAGCAGCACAAUUGAUUGCAAGUCCUGUUUCCUCAGCAAAAGGAUCUUCAUCAAACUUACUUCAAGAGAAAGCUAUCCACUUAGAAAAUUCUGUUUUAACUGGAAACUUUCAUCUACCAUCUGGAAUUGCUGCUGCUUCUUUGAUGUCAGGGAUAUUUCAAAAUUGUAAUUUUUAUUUCGUUACACAUUAGAAACUUUUUUGACUUGUGUACAUUUUGUUGUAGUUAUUAAUGUCGAAUAAAAUUGUUG